AUGUCACUCGUUAGUCAAACAGUCUCCCUCUUGAGCUCUGUUGAUCUGGAUUCUUUGCCUAAGCCUCUGUGGGAGCUCAUAUCACUCAUUUCUCAAAAAAUCUCUUUGUAUCCGGACCAGAAGCAGGAGACUGAUCUGAAGUUCGCAAAACUCGUUGAGAAAACAUUGAGACUCAAGCCAGAACCAGAGCUCAUAUCACUCAUCCGUGAGAGAUGGAGCGGUUUCAUUGGACAAUGGGAAAAAUUCAAGUUAACAGAAGACGUUAUCCACUUCCGCUGCUUCUUUUGCAAUGGCGAGUACCAUCAAGAAUAUGAAAAGGCUCCACUUGAGAUCAAACACCUUCUUCAUCCGAAACAUUCUCUUCAGCUUGUGUUGGAUCCGGCCCGUAGUACCAGGAAAUGCUAUUGCUGUGACGAAAAUCUCUUAUGGGUAUUUUAUUAUUGCAGAAAAUGCGAUUAUGCUAUGAACAUAGCUUGUUCGGAGAAAGCACCAGUCUUAUAUAUACCCCCUCCCAAGUGGCAUGAGCAUACACUCGCUCUCUUUCCAAUACAGGCUUCCUUAACUUGCAACGUCUGUGCUUUAGUCGAUUCAAGCUCCCCUAUUUAUAUGUGUCCCCCUUGUGACUUUGUGGUUCAUCUAAACUGUAUCCAAUUGCCACGGGUCAUAAGGAUAUCUCGCCAUCUCCAUCGUAUCUAUUUUACACCUUCUAUUGACCAAGGAGAUUGGUUUUGUAGAGUUUGUCGCAAAGAGAUCAACAAUGAUUACGGGGUUUAUUCCUGCGUGAAGAACGGUUGUUUGUACGCAGCACAUUCAAGGUGUGCCACGCAGAGCAAUGUGCGGGAUGGCAUAGAUCUUGAGGGAGAGCCUGAGGAAAUUGAAGAAGAAGAAGUUGAGCCGUUUGUGAGGAUAAGCGAUGGAAUCAUACGACAUUUCAGCCAUGAACAUCAUCAUUUGAGACUUGAUGAGAACAAAGGCAGAGAUUACGAUGAGUGUUGA